CUGCAGGAUACUUUGCAUGAGCGUCUAUUAUAAACCACCAUCCUACAAAAAACUGCAACAACAUUUGACGGAUAAUAAAUAAACAAUCAAUAUGAAAUAAAUUGGUAUUGUACGAUAUACAGAAAAAAGAAAAAAGAAAAAAAAUAAAAAGAAAAGAAAUAAACAUAUAGCGAAUGGUUAAAAAAAAAUGUCACAUUUCCCAGUAAUAAUUAGAAAUUAUUAAGUUUACCAAUGUACUAGCCAACAUCGAUACUAAUGCAUUUCGUUUUUCGACUCCCUCAAACCACACGCACGUUGGAAUUUGUACAUUUUCUAGGCACGAUGUCAUUUUUUUCGACUCUUGUUUACUCGACGUAGAACUUUAUUCUGACGAGUAAUAACUAACCUAAAGUGACAUAUCAACAAGGAUUAAAGGGAAUAAACCGUUUAGAAAAUGAUAAACGAUGGUAAGCUUGAAUUUUAAAUCACUGGAAGAACGAACUUCAUUGUUUUCAACGAUCGUCUUUCUGAAUAAGUACAAACGCAUAUAUAGAGAUGUAUACAAUAUAUGGAAUUUAGGAAUAUCAUAGCGAGAUCGUGACAUGUGAAGAUUGUAAGAUCAUUUGACGCUCGAAAUAAUGAGUGCGAGUUUAACGAAAAUGACAUUUUGUUCGAUAUUUAAAUCUUUAUUCAGGAAAACAGUACCUAUUAUGUGCUUCAGCUCGUUCUUUGUCAAAUGUUCAUCGAAAAAUGAAUCAAAGAUUACGGAAGAAUAUAAAUUAAAGUUACCGGAUGUAAAUACCUUGACAUAUAAUUAUAUGAUAAAUCAGUCAACUUUAAAUGCAGUAAAUAAUGCCUCUGAACUUUUAACCAUUAUAUAUACAGCCAUAGAAGCUGCAAGUGUAGAGUACAGGACGUUAUUAAUAAAAUUAAUAAAUCUUCACAAAGAUAGUAUAGAAAAUGAAUUUGCCGAUUUGCAUGGGGAUGCAAUAGUUCAAAUUAGAGGAGAAACACAGGAUAAAAAAGAAACGCUUAUUCAACUUAUUAGUUUUAUGGAGCUUGUACGUAAAAUGGCUGAUUCAACUACCGACAUAUGUUACACAUAUGGAAUGAACAGCUUAUGUUCUACCCUCAGUCAAAGAAUACAUGAUGCAAUUAAAAAUGUAGAGAAAGAGAUAUAUAAUAAUCAAGAAUUAGAAAAAGAAUAUUUUUAUAUACAACAAGAAUGUAUAAUAAAUACUAAGGAAUCUUGAAAAAUAUAAAUAACUUGUCGGAGGAAUAUUCCUAUGAAGAUGAAAAUUAUAAAAUUAUAUUAUUGUAUAAUUGGAAAAAGCGUAAGAUGUCUAUAAUGUGGAAGAUAGAGAAAUAAUGGGGUAUGAUUUUACUGUAUUAUUGUAAUAAUGAUAAUAACGCAUUAUUUACAUGAUAUUUUAAAAAGAAUUAUUCAAACAUCUAAGUGAAUUGUCACAAUGUGUCGACCAGGUACCAUUACUAAUCCAAGAGCUCUUGCUUCUGUGUGAUCUUCAGAUAAAAAUUCUAUACAUGAUCCCAAAAUUACAUUAGCAUCUCGAUCGGUGCAGAGAAAUGCACCUGUUAAUACUCUACCAUCUGUCAUUUUAAUUCGCAAAUGUCGAUUCAGCCAUCCCCUUAAUUUUUGUUUCGCAGGUGAUUCCUCGCUAUCUAAAGUCUAAUAAUAUUACGAAUUAAUCACAGAAGAUAUGUCCAAAUAACGAAAUAUUACGAAUAUUAGCAAUAUAUAGAUCAUUAAUCAAUUAA